GUCACGUCGGUAUGCGAAACUCCUCUUAGCAGGUUUUGUUUUCUGUCUGGGUAAAAGGCGAGUGUCGAGUCAAAAAUGCUGCUUUCGGUCUGGGGUGAUUUCAAGAGAUGAUGUUCGGAGGGGAUAAAGACUAAAAGACAAAGGCACCACUUCUUCAAACCCAAGGACUGCACAGAGUUGAAAUGACUGAGCGGGAGCUGCUGGAGCCUCUCAUCAUCGUUGAGGACGAAGACGCAACCGUGGCCGUCUCAGACAGAGACACGGCAGCCUCGCCGAGCGGCGCCGAGGAGAAAGAGAAAGAGGAACACUCAGAAGCCGGAGCCAUGCCUGUCAAGGAGCAAAGUUUGGAGGAGAGAGUCACAGAGGAGGGCCGCUUGAGGGAGGACGAGGAGGAAAAUGUGAACAAAAAUGAAGAUCCGAGUGGAGAUGGAAGUGAGGGACAGACGCAAAAAGAAGGAAACCUUCAAGAAAAGCAGAGAGAGGAGAAGGGGUUAACCUCGUCUGAGCAACAGCCGGAGGAGGCAGAAGCCCUCAAAGAGGCUCACCGGUUAACCCCAGAGUUCCCGGAGGCGCUGUACGAGCUGCUCUGCACCCUGCAGGAGGGGAGACGCCUCAACGACCAGCGCUGCUCCUUCAGCAUGGAGAAGCCCAUCGGGAGGAGGAGGUGCCACUCCGAGCCCAACGCCUCCAAGCCGGCACCCAGAGUGACGUUCUCCUCGAUGACCUCACUGCAGAAGGAGGAGUUUUUUGAUCUGGUCGCCACCGCUCAGGCCCGCCGGCUAAACGACCAGCGGGCCCAGCUGCAGCGCUCCCUCCCGGCAAAACAGAAGUCGCGCAGCUUCAGGGGCAGCCUGAGGCAGCUGUCUUUGAAGAGACCCACCCCGGUGGUUGCCCCCGCUCCCGCCGCCGCUCCUAAAGAGGAUCUGUACGACAUGAUUCUGACCAGACAGGCUCAGGGAAGGCUGGAGGACCAGCGCAGCCGAGCUCCUGGCCCCAUGGACGACGAGGACUUCUUCUCCCUGCUCCUGAGGGUUCAGGGGGGGCGCAUGGACGAGCAGAGGACUGUACUUCCACUUUUGUUGAAGACCUGAGACAAAAACAGAGACGUCGAGGCGACUGAUUGUUGUGGCUUUGAUUUCCUGUUUAAAGUUUCCUUUUUUAACCCUGAUGACGCUUUCUGCUGGAGAUCCCUCGAAUGUUAAUCAGUGUUAUUGCAAAAAAACGCUAACGUUUAGAGCUUAAAAUGUGACCCGCUCCUGAAAAAAACCCAAAACGUUUACUUCUAGUUAGUUUUCUUGUCUUCGCUGGUGAUCAGCAGAUGUGCUCGGCUGGUUUUUUGCCAGAACCGGCGAGCUGUGGAGCGGCUGCUGCACGCGUUUGAUGCCGUGCAGACCGUGGACCUGAACUUCUGUUAUUUGUGCAGUCAAAGCACUGAUCAGAGACACUGAGCUGGUGAUCAGAGGUGAUAACUGGAGUGAGAUCACGCAGAGCUUGAGUGUACACAAUAGUUCUUCUUCAAAAUAAACUGUUUUUAAAUAUU